GGAGAGAAUAUCAUGGCGGCUUGCACGAGUUGUCAGAGUUGAGGAUUUAGUGCAAAUUAAGUGAUGAAAAUGGAAUCGUAAACUUUUUCCUUGAGUAUGUGUUUGUUACAUGUACAAAGGGGAAUUCCACGAGAAUUUUGUUCAUAAAAAUCAUUGUAAAGUUUUCAUCUCUGACGCUUCUUCUGGAAUCGUUUUGACACAUUUCGCUGUAGCACGGUGAAGAGGAUUAGAUAUCCAGAUGGCUGUGUCUCAAACACCUCCGUUUCCACCCCCAGAAGAUCAAGAUCAGAAGAACAUUAUCGACAAACUUGCAAACUUUGUUGCCCGAAAUGGCAGCAAGUUUGAAGAUAUGACCAAGGAAAAACAGAAGGGAAACCCAAAGUUUGCAUUUUUGUUCAGUGGAGAGCACUACAACUACUACAGAUGGAAGGUUUCAUUUGAAAUUGCUCAACAGCAAACCCAACAACAUUUACAAAACCAGCAACAACUUGCACAGCAAGCAGCAACACAGCUUACUACAAAUCCGCAAGCUCAUUUGGUGCAACAAGCUAUUGUUCAACAGUCAAUAAAUACAGCUCCAUGGCAACAAGCACAACAGCAGGCUCAACAACAGAUGCAAGCCCUUCAACAGCAGGUCCAAGCCACUACAGCCAUAUAUCAGCCUCCUGUUCCUGUUCAGCAACAACCCAGUGAAGUUGAUGUGACAGAACUAGAAAACCUGUUGCAUAAGAUUAUGGAGUCAUGCACAAAAGAUUCUAUAUCUAGUGGAAAGAACUUUAUUUUCAACAAUUCCAAGACAAAGACAAGUUGCUUUCAGAUUUCCCAGUAUCUGCUAAAGAGAGCCCUUGGCCCUGGAAUGCAGUUUCAACACAAACUUCACAUUGUUUACCUUGUGAAUGAUAUUCUGCACCACUGUCAAAGGAAAGGAGCUCAGGACCUUCAGAAGAGUCUUGAGGAUAUUGUAGUACCUUUGUUUUUUUGUACACAGAUAGGGGAAUCAGCAGAAAAUCUGCAGAAAAUAACAAAAGUCUUAGGAAUUUGGGAAAGUCAUAAUCUUUUUGACCCAUCUCUCCUACAGGAACUGAAAAACACUGAAGCAGGCCAGAGUAAAGUUGACGCAGCUCGUGAGCAGAUGUUUAGUCAAGGUUUUUAUACUGCACCUGAACGCCAUCAGCCACAUUAUCAGCAGCCACAAGAUAGCCAACAGAAUCCACAAUCAGACCAGCAAGCUCCUGGAAGAGAAGAUAAUUUGAAGCAGCCAACAGUAGAGGGAGGCUCCCAAGGAACAGGGGAUGAGGCAAAACAACAGGUCAUUGAAAAAGGAAAAGAAGAAAAUGCAGAGCAAAUACCAUCAGAAGAUGCUGAGACAAGAGUGCAAAAUCAGAAGGAGGCAACCAUGCAGCAACCAUACCAACCACCACCUUAUCAGCAACAUCCUCCACCCUUCCCUCCCCCAUUUGGUGAUCAGAGACCCCAGUUCUAUGGGCGUGGCCCACCACCAUUUCCUCCUCAUUUUCCACCUCCACCCUACGUACCAGAUUUCAGACACCCCCCACCCAUGUUUGGUGGGCCCCGACCCCCUAACUUCCACGAUGAAGGAUACCAUGUGAGGCCACCACCACCGCAAUUCCGUGGUCCACCACAACAGUUUGACUAUCAACACCAGAUGCCAGAGUUUGAGCAGUACGAGGGUAGAGGGCUUCCUCCACCCAUGGUGAAUGACUACAAUCAUGGCAGAAUGCAAGAAGAGGAGGGGUAUGGCAUGGAGGAGUAUGAGAUGCCACCUGAACCUCCCAUACCUGAGCCUAUUAUACCAACUGCAAUGUACUAUGAUCUUCCUGCUGGUCUCAUGGCUCCGUUAGUAGGGCUGCCAGACGUUGACUACAAGCCAAUAGAUCCAGCUUCUCUUCGUCUUCCUGCACCACAGCCACCAAGUGAAAGACUUCUUGCUGCAGUAGAAGCGUUUUACAGUCCACCUAGUCACGAGAGGCCUAGGAACAGUGAAGGGUGGGAGCAAAGUGGUUUGUUUGAGUUUUACAAAGCAAAGCUGAAGUACAUAAAAGAUCGAGAGGAAGCAGAGAAACUCAAAGUGCAAGAAAUUCCUCCAAGCAGAUCAAGGUCCCAUUCCAAAUCUCCCCGGCCACGCUCUCGUUCUCGCUCCCAAUCCCCUCGUCAGCGGCGGUCUCGUUCUCGCUCUAGAUCCCCUAGAAGACGGCAUUCACGGAGCAGGUCCAACUCUCCAAGACGAAGAAGGUCACGCUCAAAAUCUCGAUCACGUUCAAGAUCACGCUCACGUUCACGCUCCAGGUCACGAUCACGUUCAAUCUCACCAAUGUUCAAGUCCAACAGAAGUCCUGGUAGAAGUCCAACGCCUCCAAGUUUUCAUCCGUCGUACACAUCAAAGGUCCCUGAACAAAGACUGGAUGAAAGCAACGUCGGACAUCAGAUGCUCAAGAAAAUGGGUUGGGAAGGAGCUGGACUGGGUAGAAGUAUGCAAGGGAUACAGGAUCCAAUAUCAGGGGGGGAGAUUCGGGAUAAGUUUGACAAGUUCAAGGGGGUUGGUGCAGACAUGAAGGACCCGUUCGAAGCAUAUCGGAAGAGUAAAAGUUAUUCUUUUUUGGGUUCACGUAUCGCUAAAUCAGAAGCCAAAGCAGCUGCAAAGGCAGCAGCGAGAGCAGAGAGAAAGAAAGAUUGAAACUGUGAACAGAAGAGGAAGUGUAUUUAAGACAAGAGGCACGGAAAUCGCUAGGGAAGUUAUCCUCGUGGUGCGUUGAAAAGGGACUCGAAUUGAGCCAUGGUUUUGUCAAAGACCUCGAGUAGCUGCUUCACCUAAGUUGGUAUGACAACGACCCGCGCGUGUUGGGGUUUCGUAAUAACUCCCCGGAUGCAUUCAUCGAAGAUUCGUGAACUUCCCAACCCCCCCCCCCGCCCCUCCCCUUCCUGACAUCUAUAGAUUCAGCUAGGCUUCGUGCUGUUCUCCAGCUUACAUUCAUAGGGAGCCCGUAAUCUUUUGACUUUUACAGCAUGUUUAUAUUAAUAACUAUUGCACUGUACACUGCUUGCUCAGUUUAAUUACUUGUGUAUCCAUACUAAUUAUUAAAGAGCUUUACACUUCAUGCAUAGCUUUAACUACGCAAAAAUUAAACAAAGCUUAAAAUUUGAAAACUAACUGAGAUAAAAGAGACAAAAAAUAAUUAAAAUUCUUUUAAACUC